AUGUCUACGAACUCAUCUCGUCGUGCUCUACGCAUCGGUACAUCCGGAAUUCCCAAAUUCCUUCCGGGAGGUGACGUAAGAAGCCAUCGUAAUUGUCACAGAACAAUAUCACAAAAUGUAUUAGCAGCUUGUAACUUUGAUUUAGAAUUCAUAUAUAUGUGGUGGGAGGGCUCAGCUCAUGAUUCAAGAGUACUAAAUGAUGCUUUAACAAGAAGGAAUGGACUUAAAGUGCCACAAGGUAAAUAUUUCUUAGUGGAUUGUGGAUUUCCAAAUCAACGACAAUUUUUGGCUCCAUUUCAUGGUGUUCGAUAUCGUCUCCAAGAGUUUGCAGGUCAAGGUCGUGACCUUCCAAAUGAAGUUAAGUUGUUCAAUCUUCGUCACGCGUCCUUGAGGAAUGUCAUUGAGAGGAUCUUUGGUAUAUUUAAAUCACGAUUUACAAUUUUCAAGUAUGCACCUCCAUUCCCAUAUAGGACACAAACAGAGCUAGUUUUAGCUUGUGCUGGACUACACAACUUUCUUCGAAAGGAAUGUCGAUCAGACGAGUUUCCUGUUGAAUUGGAGAAUGAAUCUUCUUCAUCUUCAUCAUUACCGGUUAAUGAAGGGGAUCCUGAACUAGUUUUCCAAACACAAGAACAACAACGAGCACAUGCUAAUGAAUGGAGAGUUGGUAUAGCUUUGAAUAUGUGGAGAGAUAUUGGCCACAAUGACAACAAUGAUAACAAAUGA